UGAGGGGGUUCAAGGAGCGGAGCGGUUCUUGGGGGUUCUGUGAGCUACCAGCAGAGCCCGAGGACCGUGAAAGGGCUCACACGAUGCUAGGCUGCUCUCGUGGGGCGGAGGGGCCCCGGGUGGCUCCCGGGGAGCUGUGAGAAGCCGGAGCGAGCUUGGCCGGCUCCCGGGGUGUUGUGAGGGCACGGAGGAGACUGCCGGGCCCCUCUGAGGGGACAGAGAGGAGCGUCCAGCCCGGGCUCUGUGAGCAGAAGCCCCGCAGUAGGGGCAUGAGCCCCAGGGGAAGAAGCGGCAGAUAGUGGCGCUGCUCAGAGUUUCCUCUCGGUUCUAGCCUACCCCACGCACGUUUUCCAGAAGUAUCGGAGUCCGUACCCGCAGGACAGUGGAUGCGGGGACCUUGGUGUGGCUGCUCGUUGACAAAGAGGAGCCGAGCUGGUGAAGACCAGCAGGACCCUUCUCUCUUCACUGCUGACUCCAAUGAUUGCUGCAGUGUGCAGACUUUGUGAUCUGAAUGAGUAGAUCAAGAGGAAGGCAGCCUUAAACCACAGUCAAAUGGCAGACUUGCUGCCAACUCCCAGUACCGUACUAAGCUCCAAGUGAUCUCUAACAGGUAGAGCAUGACAAACUGUACUUCAGAAGAGCGUAAAGAAAGGAAUUCAGGAGGCAAGUUUGAAAUCAUUAGAAUGGAUAUGCAACAGAUUUAUACAGAGGUUUUCACUGACACAAUCCUGCUCUACCACAAAAGACAGCAGCACAAGAUUGAAAGACAGGCAGGAUACUACACCUCAGAUUCUCACUCUGGCCCUCAAAAAAAAUGAUUGUCACAACCUGCCUGGUUUCAAACUAACCUCAUUCCUACAGAGGAACUGAAGACUCUGCGGGAGAGGCCUCGACCGAUGUGCUGCAGCUCUGACCACAUUCGGCAACAUGCAGGAAGAUCCAUCCCUGGAGAGACACUUCAGAGGCCACAAAGAUGCUGUCACUAGUGUGGACUUCAGUCUCAAUAAGAAACAAUUGGCAAGUGGCUCAAUGGACUCGUGCCUGAUGAUCUGGAAUAUGAAGCCUCAGAUGAGAGCUUAUCGCUUUCUGGGCCAUGAAGAUGCGGUGCUGUCUGUUCAGUUUUCACCUUCUGGUCACCUGGUAGCUUCAGGCUCUAGAGACAAAACAGUCCGUUUGUGGAUUCCCAGUAUCAAAGGAGAAUCUACUGUGUUCAAGGCUCACACAGCAACUGUAAGAAGCGUUCAUUUCUCCAGUGAUGGCCAGUCCUUACUUACAGCUUCUGAUGACAAAACAGUCAAAGUGUGGGCAGUUCACAGGCAGAAGUUUCUCUUCUCACUUAGUCAACACACAAACUGGGUUCGCUGUGCCAGAUUUUCUCCUGAUGGACAACUGAUAGUGUCAUCCAGUGAUGACAAAACCAUCAAGCUGUGGGAUAAGACCAGCAGAGAGUGCAUACACUCCUUCUGUGAGCAUGGCGGGUCUGUCAAUCACGUGGAUUUUCAUCCCAGCAGUACGUGUAUUGCUGCAGCUGGCACAGAUAAGACAGUGAAGGUGUGGGACAUCAGGAUGAAUAGACUACUUCAACAUUAUCAAGUGCACAGUGCUGUGGUCAACAGCCUUUCCUUUCACCCCUCUGGAAAGUAUCUGGUUACUGCUUCCAGUGAUUCAACUCUUAAAAUUCUGGACUUGCUAGAAGGAAGACUUGUGUAUACUCUUCACGGUCACCAGGGGCCAGCUACCUGUGUAGCAUUUUCGAGAGCUGGAGACUUAUUUGCCUCUGGAAGUUCUGAUGAGCAGGUGAUGGUGUGGAAGACUAACUUUGAUGCAGUAGAUGUGCUGAAAACACAGAAGAUUGGUGAUAGUGUGGAUGAGGCCUGUCACACUCUGCAAUCAGAAACAGAUUGUGGUGUUAAUGAAACAACAACUCAGGAUUCCAGUGGGAAUGAUGAGCAGCAAGAGAAGGAGAGCUCUCUGGCAAAUACUUUGGAGCUUCUUAAGGAACAGCUGCUUAUUCUGACCCAGACAGUUUCCAUCCUGGAGCAGAGGCUGACACUCACAGAAGACAAGCUGAAGGAAUGUCUUGAGAAUCAGCAGAGCAGAAAAUCAUUCAGAACAAAAUGAGUUGACUUCCUGAGAGAUGGGAGCUGAGGGCAUGGGGAGGUUUGGAGUUGUUUUGUGUUCCUAACAGACUGUGUUUGACUUGCUUUAACAAUUUUGAGUGCAAUCUAUUUUUUCAGUUGAGUGUUUUGGUAUCUCUAAAAGAGCUUUGCUGUUUUACUAAAAUAAAAGGAAUAUUUUAUUCAUAAGUA